AGAUCCUGAAGGAGCUGGAUGAGUACUAUGAGAAGUUCAAGCGCGAGACUGACAGCGCCCAGAAGAGGCGGCUGCUGCACUGCAUCCAGCGAGCCCUGAUCCGGAGCCAGGAGCUGGGGGACGAGAAGAUCCAGAUCGUGAGUCAGAUGGUAGAGCUGGUGGAGAACCGGACCAGACAAGUGGACAGUCACGUGGAGCUCUUUGAGGCCCACCAGGAGAUCGGCGACACCACGGGCGGCAUUGGCAAGGCUGGGCAAGAUAAGUCCAAGAAUGAGACAAUCAAUUCAGCAGAAAAGCCCAAUAACAAGCGGUCCCGGCGGCAGCGAAAUAAUGAGAAUCGAGAGAAUGCCUCUAAUAAUCACGACCACGAUGACCUCACUUCAGGAACACCCAAGGAGAAGAAAGCGAAAACCUCGAAGAAGAAAAAACGUUCCAAGGCCAAAGCGGAGAGGGAGGCAUCCCCUGCAGACCUCCCCAUUGACCCCAACGAGCCCACGUACUGUCUGUGCAAUCAGGUCUCCUAUGGAGAGAUGAUCGGCUGUGACAACGAUGAGUGCCCCAUCGAGUGGUUCCACUUCUCGUGCGUGGGGCUCAACCAUAAACCAAAGGGCAAGUGGUACUGUCCCAAGUGUCGGGGGGAGAAUGAGAAGACGAUGGACAAAGCCCUGGAGAAAUCCAAAAAAGAGAGGGCUUACAACAGGUAGUUGGCGGACACUCGGGAACUGAGGGACAGAUGCACCGGUGUAUUUAUUCCAUCGCCGCCUGCUGGAGGUGUGAACGUUGUCAGAUGUGUAUUUUUAAAGGACGCUAGCCAAGGGGCCCUUCCGCUCCCAGGAAGGGCCAGCACGGGCUCUCUUUGCCUUUGCUGUCCCUGGUAAAUGUGUUACCAGACAGUGGUCUGUGGAUCAAUGUUUUAGAAACUGAAAAUAUAGGUUUGAAUUGAACACUUCA